AUGGAUUUCCUGCUGCUCGGUCUCUGUCUAUACUGGCUGCUGAGGAGGCCCUCGGGGGUGGUCUUGUGUCUGCUGGGGGCCUGCUUUCAGAUGCUGCCCGCCGCCCCCAGCGGGUGCCCGCAGCUGUGCCGUUGCGAGGGGCGGCUGCUGUACUGCGAGGCGCUCAACCUCACCGAGGCGCCCCACAACCUGUCCGGCCUGCUGGGCUUGUCCCUGCGCUACAACAGCCUCUCGGAGCUGCGCGCCGGCCAGUUCACGGGGUUAAUGCAGCUCACGUGGCUCUAUCUGGAUCACAAUCACAUCUGCUCGGUGCAGGGGGACGCCUUUCAGAAACUGCGCCGAGUUAAGGAACUCACGCUGAGUUCCAACCAGAUCACCCAGCUGGCCAACACCACCUUCCGGCCCAUGCCCAACCUGCGCAGCGUGGACCUCUCCUACAACAAGCUGCAGGCGCUCGCGCCCGACCUCUUCCACGGGCUGCGGAAGCUGACCACGCUGCACAUGCGGUCCAACGCCAUCCAGUUCGUGCCGGUGCGCAUCUUCCAGGACUGCCGCAGCCUCAAGUUUCUCGACAUCGGAUACAAUCAGCUCAAGAGCCUGGCGCGCAACUCUUUCGCCGGCUUGUUUAAGCUCACCGAGCUGCACCUGGAGCACAACGAUUUGGUCAAGGUGAACUUCGCCCACUUCCCGCGCCUCAUCUCCCUGCACUCGCUCUGCCUGAGGCGGAACAAGGUGGCCAUUGUCGUCAGCUCGCUGGACUGGGUCUGGAACCUGGAGAAAAUGGACCUGUCGGGCAACGAGAUCGAGUACAUGGAACCCCAUGUGUUCGAGACCGUGCCGCACCUGCAGUCCCUGCAGCUGGACUCCAACCGCCUCACCUACGUCGAGCCCCGCAUCCUCAACUCCUGGAAGUCGCUGACUAGCAUCACCCUGGCCGGGAACCUGUGGGACUGCGGGCGCAACGUGUGCGCCCUGGCCUCGUGGCUCAGCAACUUCCAGGGGCGUUAUGAUGGCAACUUGCAGUGUGCCAGCCCGGAGUACGCACAGGGCGAGGACGUCCUGGAUGCCGUCUACGCCUUCCACUUGUGCGAGGAGGGGGCAGAGCCCACCAGCGGCCACCUGCUGUCGGCGGUCACCAACCGUAGCGACCUGGGGCCCCCUGGCAGCCCAGCUACCACGCUGGCUGAUGGCGAGGAAGGGCAGCGCGAUGGCACGCCUGAGCCGGCCACUGUGGCUCUCCCAGGCGCCGGCGAGCACGCCGAGAACGCGGUACAGAUCCACAAGGUGGUCACCGGCACCAUGGCCCUCAUCUUCUCCUUCCUUAUCGUGGUCCUGGUGCUCUACGUGUCCUGGAAGUGUUUCCCAGCCAGCCUCAGGCAGCUCAGACAGUGCUUUGUCACGCAGCGCAGGAAGCAAAAGCAGAAACAGACCAUGCAUCAGAUGGCUGCCAUGUCUGCCCAGGAAUACUACGUUGAUUACAAACCGAACCACAUUGAGGGAGCCCUGGUGAUCAUCAACGAGUACGGCUCCUGUACCUGCCACCAGCAGCCCGCCCGGGAAUGCGAGGUGUGA